UAUCAGCUUUGUUGGAGAAUUUAAAACAAUGGCUUCUUCUUCAAAUAUUCUUCAACUCCACCAUAUCCAUCUUCUUCCUUCAAUUCAUCCAAUUUCUUCCAUAAAGCAGUUCACUAUCAAAUGCACUUCCAAUUCAUUAACUGAAUCUUCUUCAGACCCAGAAUUCCUGACCCCAAAUUCAGAAACAACAAUUAGCCCAGAAAAAUUCCCAAUAGAAAAACGUCGAAAAUCCGAGAUAAUCCGUGAGAGAAAAUCAAGAACUGAGCUCAUAAAGCAAGACCCACCAAAUUUCGAAAUUGGGUGGAAGAGAACAAAGUCAAUUCCAUUAGAUAAGCCAAUUGGGUAUGUGAUAAUGGAUUUUUUGGAGAAAUUGGAAGAGUUAAUGGCUAGGGAUUUUGGGUCGACGGCGUUGUUAGCGAAAGUGGGAGAAAUAGUUGCAGAAAGAGCUAGGGAAGAAGCGGAAGUGUUGAAGGAAGAAGGGAAAGUGGAGGAGAGAAUGGUGACGGAAUUGUACAGAGUUUUGAAGCUUAUGGAAAUGGAUUUAGCUAUGGUGAGUGCUGCUGUGAAAGAAGAGACAUUGAAUGAAAGACUUGAACAAGCUAAAGCACGUUGUAGGCAAGCCAUUCUUGUUGCUAAUUCUUUUUGAGAGG